AUGACUGAAAAUGCGUCGGUGAUUGCCCUCUCGCUGCUCUUCGGCACCAUCUUCGUGCUCACGCUGGUGCUGGUGUUUAUUUGCCUGCGCCACUACCGGCGGCUGGAGCUGGAGCGGCGCAGGCGGCGGGGGAUUGAGCGGCGGGAGCUGCUGCGGCUGACGCUGAACGCGCGGGAGCAGGAGCUUUGGCGGCGCGAGCACCUCUCCCGCGUCGUCUCCAUCCUGCUCGAUAGGCGCGAGGCGUACGAGGGGAUCGCGCUCGUCCUGCAUCUCCCGGGCCACGGCGAGCGCUUGACGGAGCGCAACGUGCGGCGACUGCGCCCCCAGCUCCUGCGGCAGACGGACGGGACAAUGGCGAGUAUUCCCAACAUUGUGAUGCGCGCGCGGGCGAGCGAGACGCCGCCGCCGGAGGCACUGCCGGGGCCCGACCUGCUGCAGCUGCUCCUGGUGUGGCUCACGCGCCAGCGGAUUGCCGCGGAAGCGGAGGCCGAGCGGAGCUCCUCCAGCGUGUCGGUGCCGCCCAACAGCAACGCCGCGGAGACGCUGCCGAGCGCGGAGGCGGUGUACGGGGCCCCUGCCCCCUACCUUCCCCGCACCCACUCCGACGGCGACGCGACGUUUGUCCUGGUGGACGAGGGCCACGGCGGCGGUGACGGUGACGGCGCGGUGCCAGGGGCGCAGGCGCGGCGGGGGCUCUCUUUUGAGGGGAUGAUGCCCGUAGAGUGGAUGCGGGAGGCGUCCGCGAAGGAUGGGCGCCGUGCGCAGUCAGCCGCGUCUUCCCCUGUAGGCCCGCCGACACCCGAGUGCUGGGAGGAGGGACGAAAAAGCCAGCACUCGGCGGCCGCGGCGGAGGCGGAAGCGACGCCCUGUGGCACGCCAGCCUCCCGCCGCAGCGAAUGUUAA